AUGAAUAUAUUCCGACUUGCUGGAGACUUGUCCCAUCUUCUAGCAAUACUAUUGCUGCUGUGGAAAAUAUGGAAGACUCGCUCUUGCGCUGGUAAGCUCUUAUAUUCUUACAUUUUGUUUUAUUAUAUUGUCGAAUGUGUACUGUUCUUAUUGGUCUAUAAAACACGAAGGUCAAUAUAUGACUGUUUGAUCUCUCGUAUAGCUAAACGAUAGCCUCAACUAUGAUUCCACUUUAUCGAUCUUUCUAAUUUAUAUCAUAUUAUGUUGUAUUUCCUUGUAUAAUUUUGAAAACAAAUUGUUAUAACAUACACAGAUUCUAUAUAUUGUAAAUUGUAUUAGCUACAUUGCAAUUUGCAGUUGAUCUUUUACGAUAAAUUUGGCUGUGAUAUUCUUAGUAAUAUUUGAGAUUGCAGAGUGUUGGUUUAUUUAUGGUUAGAAUUCAGAUUUUCGUAAAUUUUGGAGAUGAAGUUUUGUUAUUUUACUGGCAUAUUAUGACACGUGGAAUUUUGCCCGUCAGCGUUAAAUUAAAUUACCCUGGAAACGAGUCACUAAAUAGAGGGGUAUUGUUUCAAGGCCUCAAAUCUCAGUUGUAGAUUAUUGCCUGCAGUUUUGCCCUGGGUUUUUUGUGAGCCUGCCAUGGAAAAUCAUGCAAAAUCAAUCUUACAAUGCAUAAUCAAUCAUGUAUAAAUUGGACAUGCAAGUUCUGUAUAACUUCACUUUAGGAUAGCCCACAUAAAUUUAAGAACAUGUACAUUGCAUGCAUAAGAUUAAGCCUGCUACUGUAUGUUGAGGUGUUGCUUAGGGUUCAGGGGUGGAAAAAAUUGGCAAGCAUGCGAGCAGCUGCAGGAAAUUUGUUUGAAUGAAGAUUUGCUAUUGAAAAUUUGAAAGAAACCUUAACACCCAUGGGUACAACAAAAUAUGGUUGACAGACAUUAUUCCUUGAAUUUAAAACCAUGGUCAGCUAGAAUACUAUAUGUUUAGCACAUGCAGAUUUAGCACAAAAAUGCUCCAUUGGUCUGCAUAAAAUUUUUGUCUCCAGGUUGUGCUCCCAGGAAGAAAUACUUUUUCCUGGCUCUGAGAUGGCUGAUCAGUCGAUAUGCUUGAGUUGUGCUUGUGAUAAGGGAUGAUGAGCCUGUCCUGACUUUACUAAUUUCAAUCCUUGUAACAUUUUCCAGGUAUUUCCGGCAAGAGUCAAGUUCUUUUUGCACUGGUAUUCACCACACGAUACCUUGAUCUUUUUAUGUCAUAUAUAUCACUUUAUAAUUCUGUUAUGAAAUGUAUAUUCAUUGCGUGCUCAUAUGCAACUGUCUAUCUGAUCUUUGUGAAAUUUAAAGCAACGUACGAUUCAAAUCACGACACAUUCCGAAUGGAGUUCAUUGUUGUCCCCGUUGCUGGUCUUGCUGUUCUUGUUAACCAUAGUUUGACGCUUGUUGAGGUAAUAAGAGACAAAACUAAAUUUAUUUAUACUGGAUUGAUCUGUCAGUUAUAUCUGGCAGUAUUUUUACUCCUCCAGUGACUGAGGUGAAUUAUAAUCAAACAACUGCAUGAAACAAAGACACAUAACAAUUGGGUUGAACACAAGUAUUUUACAGGGACCUGUUGCUAAAUUUAUUAAUUAAAUUAACUAAUAUUCCCAAACUUCCCAAAGGUUUUGUGGACGUUUUCCAUCUACCUUGAGUCGCUGGCCAUUCUACCGCAGCUGUUCAUGAUCUCAAAGACAGGAGAGGCAGAGACAAUUACAAGUCAUUAUCUGUUCGCCCUUGGUUCUUACCGAGCUCUGUACUUAGCCAAUUGGAUUCUGCGCUAUGCUUCCGAAGGGUUCUAUGACCUUAUUGCUGUCGUCGCAGGAUGUGUGCAGACUGUUCUCUACUGUGAUUUCUUCUAUCUGUAUAUUACUAAAG